AUGUUCGGCCGUAUUGGAGGCCAGACGAUUCGCUGUGCCAUCAGAAGGCCAGUUUCUCGUCGUCUACGGGAUCGGAAGUGCUUUGCGUCCAGCGCCCAUUGUUCUGCGCCUGCGCCGUCUCCAUCCUCGCCGCUCGGGGCCAUCACCGUCGAACUCGACCGCGUUGCGCCGCGAUUUGAGGUCCCAGCAUCUCAGAUUACAAUCUUGGAUUCUCCAGCUAAUUUCUAUACGGCUCUGAAGAACAAAAUUCGCAAUGCCCGUCGCCGCAUCUAUCUCUCCACAUUGUACAUUGGCAAGACAGAAUACGAGCUUAUUGAGACCAUCAAUCAAGCCCUGCGCGACAACCCGAAGCUCAAAGUGUCCAUCCUGACCGAUGCGCUGCGAGGCACCCGCGAGACGCCGAAUCCGUCGUGCGCUUCUCUUCUCUGUUCGCUUGUCGCAGAACAUGGGCCGGAACGGGUUGAUAUUCGGAUGUUUCACACGCCAAACCUUACAGGGCUGAAAAAGAAGUGGAUUCCCCGGAGGAUUAACGAGGGAUGGGGUUUGCAGCAUAUGAAAUUAUAUGGUAUUGACGAUGAGAUUAUUCUUUCGGGGUAUGUUGUUGCACUCUGGGUGUUGUCCGGGCUUUGCGGUGCUAAUUUCUCCCUCCAAUUCAGAGCGAACUUGUCCCAAGACUACUUCACCAACCGCUUGGAUCGAUACCAUGUGUUCAAUUCCAAAGCGUUGACGGACUACUAUGCCGACAUCCAUCAUGCGGUUUGCAGCCUGAGCUUCAAGGUUUUGCCGGAUCCUCACAACCAUUCAGGCUAUCUUUUGGAUUGGCCUACCUCUAAUGGAGCACCAUCGCCGCUCAACAGCCCUGAGGACUUUAUUGCAUAUGCAUCCACCGUGCUCAACCCACUCAUCCAACCAGCCGAGCAAAAACCCGCCCUUCCAUCCUCAUCAAGUCAGACAUUCGUAUAUCCCGUCUCACAGUUCACACCACUCUUGAAACCCGACACCUCCACCGAAUAUCCAGCCGUCACCAGCAUCCUGCGCCUGCUGUCUGAAUCUUCAGCAUUCACAGGCGCCCGUUGGCUUUUCACAGCCGGCUACUUCAACAUCCACCCCGUUCUCUCCUCCCUCCUUAUUUCCAGCACGUCUACCAGCUCUGAUGCCGCAUCCACCACCCAGGGAACAGUCCUAACCGCUUCACCAUGGGCCAAUGGAUUCUACGGCUCCCCAGGCGUGUCCGGCAUGCUCCCCGCGGCCUACACACAUCUUUCAGCGCGCUUCCUCGACCGCGUCGCCGAGGCACAGUGCACAAACUCCAUCCAGCUGAAGGAAUGGCGCCGCGGCACAGUCGGCACGCCAGGCGGAUGGACCUACCACGCCAAGGGUCUAUGGAUCACCCUCCCGCGCGAGGAGAAUCCCAGUCUCACGUUCGUCGGGAGCAGCAACUACACCAAGCGCAGCUACAGUCUUGAUAUUGAAAUUGGGGCAUUGGUCGUCACGGAUGAUCAGGACCUGAAGCGCAAACUUGGUGAGGAGACCGAGUGGCUUCAGAAAGACUCUCAGGCUAUCUCGCGUGAAGACCUGAGACGUACUGAGCGCCGCGUUGGGUGGAAUGUUCGACUUGCUAUGUGGAUUGUGGAGAAGGUUGGUGGUGCGCUUUAG